AAACCGCGAGAUCAUGACCUGAGCUGAAGUCAGACACUCAACCGAGAGAAAACCACUAUUAACAUUUGAUAUACACUCUCCUUUCUGAUUAAUAAAUAUAAUAUAUACUUAUGAGAAAAUGCGGCUAGCUCAGACAGGUAUAAAGUACGUGUCAAAUUUUGAAAAGCUACCACCUCUAAUUCUUCGGGUAUGGAUGAGCCACAAGGAGUGCAACAAGGACCUGCGGCUUUCCUACUCCUAAUCCCACGCUAAUGAGAACUUGUCUUAGUUUGACCCUCUCUCCCAUUAAAAGGUAAGCUCUGUAAGGGUGUGACCUUGGUCUUCUUCUCUGUUGCAUUUCUAACCCUUAUGUUUGACAAAUAGUAGGUGCUUACUAUAUAGUCUCGCUGACUGAAUGGGGACCACAGAUAAUAAAGUUACUUGGGUCUCAGGCCUUAAAGGAGGGUUGGACUGGCCUGGGGUUAACAUGGAAGCUGGAGGAGAGCUAGGGAGGCUCCCAGUGUCCCACACCCUUCCUCAUUGCCCACCCCACUGCCCCAGGGCACUGGAGGUCCAGGUCCCCGAAGACCCCGUGGUGGCCUUGGUGGGCACCGAUGCCACCCUGCGCUGCUCCUUCUCACAGCCCGGCUUCAGCCUGGCGCAGCUCAACCUCAUCUGGCAGCUGACGGACAAACAGCUGGUGCACAGCUUCUCCGAGGGCCGGGACCAGGGCAGCGCCUAGGCCAACCGCACCGCGCUCUUCCCCGACCUGCUGGCGCAGGGCAAACGCGUCCCUAGGCUGCAGCGAGUGCGGGUGGCUGAUGAGGGCAGCUUCACCUGCUUUGUGAGCAUCCGGGACUUCGGCAGCGCUGCAGUCAGCCUGCAGGUGGCGGCUCCUUACUCGAAGCCCAGCAUGACCCUGGAGCCCAACAAGGACCUGCGGCCCGGGGACAUGGUGACCAUCACGUGCUCCAGCUACCGGGGCUACCCGGAGGCCGAGGUGUUCUGGCAGGACGGGCAGGGUGCGCCCCUGACCGGCAACGUGACCACGUCGCAGAUGGCCAAUGAGCAGGGCUUAUUCGACGUGCGGAGUGUCCUGAGGGUGGUGCUGGGCGCCAAUGGCACCUACAGUUGCCUGGUGCGCAACCCUGUGCUGCAGCAGGACGCUCAUGGCUCCGUCACCAUCACGCCCCAGAGAAGCCCCACAGGCGCCGUGGAGGUCCAGGUCCCCGAAGACCCCGUGGUGGCCCUGGUGGGCACCGAUGCCACCCUGCGCUGCUCCUUCUCACCCGAGCCCGGCUUCAGCCUGGCGCAGCUCAACCUCAUCUGGCAGCUGACGGACACCAAACAGCUGGUGCACAGCUUCUCCGAGGGCCGGGACCAGGGCAGCGCCUAUGCCAACCGCACCGCGCUCUUCCCCGACCUGCUGGCGCAGGGCAACGCGUCCCUGAUGCUGCAGCGAGUGCGGGUGGCUGAUGAGGGCAGCUUCACCUGCUUUGUGAGCAUCCGGGACUUCGGCAGCGCUGCAGUCAGCCUGCAGGUGGCGGCUCCUUACUCGAAGCCCAGCAUGACCCUGGAGCCCAACAAGGACCUGCGGCCCGGGGACAUGGUGACCAUCACGUGCUCCAGCUACCGGGGCUACCCGGAGGCCGAGGUGUUCUGGCAGGACGGGCAGGGUGCGCCCCUGACCGGCAACGUGACCACGUCGCAGAUGGCCAAUGAGCAGGGCUUAUUCGACGUGCGGAGUGUCCUGAGGGUGGUGCUGGGCGCCAAUGGCACCUACAGUUGCCUGGUGCGCAACCCUGUGCUGCAGCAGGACGCUCAUGGCUCCGUCACCAUCACAGGGCAGCCCAUGACAUUCCCUCCCGAGGCCCUGUGGGUGACUGUGGGGCUCUCUGUCUGCCUUGUCGCCCUGCUGGUGGCCCUGGCCUUCGUGUGCUGGAGAAAGAUCAAGCAGAGCUGUGAGGAGGAGAAUGCAGGUGCUGAGGACCAGGACGGGGAUGGAGAAGGAUCCAAAACAGCCCUGCGGCCUCUGAAACACUCGGAAAGCAAAGAAGAUGAUGGACAAGAAAUAGCCUGACGGCGAGCACCAGGGGGCUGCAGCCCCUGCCUGGGGGCUCCCACCUCUGGCUGCACUGGGGCCUCGGGGUGAGCCCUGCCUCCGACAGAUGCCUCCCACUCUGGCAGGUCCUGCUCACUCUCCAAAGGACAGAGAGACCACCCUGCAGCCUUAUUUCUCCGAUGGACGUGACUCC